AAGAGUCGCUGUGGGGAAGGCGACGGCGACUCCGUGCGACUCAUCGGGGCAACGACUCCGUGCGACUCCGUGCGACUCGGUGCGACUCGGCGGGCAGCCGGCCCCGCCGCAGCGCGCGGCGAGUUGCCACUGACGAGCGCGGCGCGGGGAUCCGGUGUCGAACUCGGGUGCCUGGGAACCUCCUCAUCAGCCUCCUCCUCCUCCUCCUCCUAUGCGCCAGCCACCACGCCGAGACGGACACAGCGGGCGACUGGGUAACACGUGGAGCGGUCCCCGGGAUGGCGGGGGGCCGCAGGGGCCCAGCCCGGCAGCAGUACCCCCGCGUGCCCCUUCCUGCGCAGGGAGGAGUGGGGGGCUCCGGCAGGAAUGGUACGGCCUCGGGGCUGAAUAGCCCCCCACUGGCCGCGGCGAGCGGGCCGUACCAAAUCAAGCACGCACGCGUGCCGGACGUGGCGCUGGACAGCGGGCUCGUCUUCGAGGCGCUGCUGCUGGCGUACCUGCUGCUGGCACUGUGCAUGCACUAUGUGAACCUGUACAAGACGGUGUGGUGGUACCCGCCCGAAGGGCCGCCCUCGCACACCUCGCUGAACUUCCACAAGAUCGACUACCACCUGGUGGCGUUCAUCGGGGUGCUGCUGUCCCGCCGCCUCGUGUGGACGCUCGUCACCGAGGUGAGUCAGUGGCAGGCACGGCCCUCGCCCGCCGCCUGGCGCUACGCCACGCUGGUGCUCGCCCGCCUCGUGCUGCUCACCGGCUCCGGGUGGACGCUGUGCUGGGCGCUCAUCAACCUCUUCCGCAGCCACUCGUUCAUCAACCUGCUCUUCCUCUGCUAUCCGUUUCUUGUGUACAUCCCCCUAUACGGGCUGCACCACGAAGGGGUGCGGGGCUCCGACGGCGGGGGCUCGGAGCUCACCGCCAGCCCCCCUCCGUCACCACGGAAACCAGCGGAAGGCAGCGAUGGGGAGGAAUCCAAGCCGAGGCCGUACCGGGCCCUCAUCUUGGAAACGCUGAGGGAGCAGUUCCACAGCGGGGACAGCAUCCCCACGCACGCGUGUGUGCUGUCGCCCGACCUUGUGCGCGCCGAGGUGCACAUGCUCAAGACCGACUUCAACAAGCGCAUCAAGGAGAUCCUCUUUAAUUCGCUGUUCAGCGCCUACUACGUCGCCUUCCUGCCACUGUGCUUCGUCAAGAGCACGCAGUACUACGACAUGCGCUGGUCGUGCGAGCACCUCAUCCUGGUGUGGGUGAACACCUUCGUGAUGCUCACCUCGCAGCUGCUGCCGCCGCGCUACUGCGACCUGCUUCACCGCGCCGCCACCCACCUGGGCCGCUGGCACCGCCUGGAGAGCAGCGCCUACAGCCACACGCCACAGCACGCUUGGUCGGAGACGACGAUCUGGCCCCAAGGAGUGCUGGUGCGGCACAACAAGGGCCUGUACAAGGCCGUCGGCUCCUGCAACGUCGCCGUGCCCUCCGACGCGUCGCACUCUCGCUUCUACUUUCUCUUCCACAAGCCGCUGAGGGUGCUCAACUCACUGCUGGUGCUGGAGGGCGGCGUUGUGGUGUACCAGCUGUACUGGCUGGCGCGCUCAGACCGCUGGAACCACGCCCUAUCCGCCGCGCUGCUCCUUUUCGCCAACUACUGCCUCGUGUUCCGUCUGCUGCGGGACCGCCUGCUGCUGGGGCGCGCCUACGGUCACGACUCGCCCCACGCCACCGCCCACGCCGCCGCCCACGCGGCCGGCUCGGCCAUUGGCUGAGCGCCGGGCGGUCGCGACGCCGGCGCUCAGCUCCCGGCACCACCCCCCCACCCCCCCCCCCCCAACAACGCGCGCACGAACGCAUGGACCGCGUGAACCCGGCGAGCGGAGGCAACGCGUGCGACCGCAUCGUCCCCGCUGCGACGAAGGUGCAACGCGAACGUCACUUGGCCUCGUCUUGUGAAUAGGGAGCGGUGUUUCCCCAAGACUUUUGAAAGCAAGAUGCAAACGAGCGGCUCUUGCGUCGUGGAUGCAUGCGUGAACCCCCCCCCCCCCAUGCCGUGUCCCAUGCCCAGCGUUCUCCUCGCGAAGUCGGGGGACGAGUCGAGAGCGCUCCGUUUCCCCGGCUGCCAGUCUCGCGAGGAAGACUCGGAGGGCAGGAGGGGGGUGUGGGAAAUGCGGCUGCAGUCGUCGCCCGGUUCACCUGUCGGCGGCAAGGAUCAACGCGGGUACCGUGCGGCGGUUCCCGUCCCGGUACUCCUGCGGGCGCGCCCGGUAACUUUGUAUGCGGGACCCGCCAGUAUCCCCCCCCCCACCCCCCGCGUUGAUGAGGCCCUCCGUCAGCGACACCUCGCCUUGAAAGUCGGCGCCUUUGCCAGUUUUCUGAUUCCCACGUUGCCGCACUGCCGCGGCUGGCGCCGUGCACGCCAUAUGGUGUGCGUGUGUUGUGAGUGGUGUGUGUGUUGUGAGUGGUGUGUGUGUUGUGAGUGGUGUGUGUGUUGUGAGUGGUGUGUGUGUUGUGA